AUUAUGAUUAUCGUCAUCGUCAUUAUUUUCUCCCUCGCUCCUUCUCUGUCUCGCGCACUGUAUUUAUCUACCUCUCUUUCCCCUUCUCUCUGUUGCUUUGCUUCCACUAUUUUUCUGCUGAGCCCUUCUCGUUUGGCUCUUGUCCACCGAAUGAAGCUCAACCAAUACACACAUCCCCUUAACGCCUGGUAAUCCUAUUUUCUCUCUUACUUUAUCUAUUACUUGUUCUUUAAUCGAGGUCACUUAAUUCUUGGCUUGUUUAAAUACCGACUUUUGCGAAAUGGGUCUUCUACAUUUGAACAAUACGAUGCGCCGAAAUCUCGCAUCUUCAAAUCCUUUGAAUUUGAUAGACUUAUUUCUUAAGAACACCUCCCCUUUUAGGUUUGGUUUCUUCUCGCUAUAUAGCGCUAAAGACCCAAUCUUUACAUGUUUGAGCCCACCUAUACUCGAACCCACUUAUCAUUUUCCCAUAUUUUUAUCAAAUUCGUGGUUGGUUAGUCAGAAAUUGCUGUUUAUGGGGACCCCUUGUUUGAAUUCAGUUCAAUGGGUGCAUUCCUUGAAUGGAAUUAUCGCAUCCAGGGCCACUGGGCGCCGGUUUUCAUCUGGGAUUGUUGGAUUGGAUGAGAAUUCUGAUUGUGAUAUUGGGAUUGAUUAUGAUAAGAAUGGUAAAGAAAGUGAUUUGGAUAUGAUGUACAAGACCAUUAUGGAUAAUUCGCAUGCUUAUUCUAAUAUGGAGAAAGCUCUUGACCAAGUUGGUGUUCCAUUGACUACUGACUUGGUUGUUGAGGUCCUCCACCGGCUUCGUUAUGAGGAAAAACUAGCAUUUAGAUUUUUCACUUGGGCAGGCCACCAAGAAAAUUAUGAUCACGAAUUUCGGGUAUAUAAUGAUAUGAUUGAUAUUCUGUCUAGUACAAAAUACAAGGUGAAGCAGUUUAGAAUUGUUUGUGACCUACUGGAUUACAUGAAGAGGCACGAGAAGAAAACUGUUCCACUCGAAGUUCUUUUGACAGUUUUGAGGCAAUAUACUGAAAAGCAUCUAACCCAUCUGCACAAGUUCGUCAAGAAGAAGAAAAUAAGAGUGAAGACACAGCCGGAGAUCAAUGCCUUUAACCUGCUAUUGGACGCUCUCUGCAAGUGCAGUCUGGUUGAGGAUGCUGAAGGGAUGUUUAAGAGGGUGAGGAAAAAGAUUAAGCCUGAUGCUACUACAUUCAACAUUUUGUUUUGUGGGUGGUGUAGAGUUAGAAACCCAACUAGAGGGAUGAAGAUACUAGAAGAAAUGAUCCAAUUGGGUCAUACGCCUGAUAAUUUUACUUACAAUACUGCCAUUGAUACCUUCUGUAAAGCAGGGAUGGUUACUGAAGCAGUUGAACUUUUUGAGUUCAUGAGAACAAAAGGUUCCACCAUGUCUUCUCCCACCGCUAAAACUUAUGCAAUCAUGAUUGUGGCUCUCAUUGAGAAUGAUAGAAUUGACGAGAGUUUCAAAUUUCUUGGAUAUAUGAUUAGCAGUGGUUGCCUUCCUGAUGUUUCAACAUACAAGGAACUAAUUGAGGGGAUGUGUUUACCUGGCAAGGUUGAAGCAGCCUACAAAUUCCUUGAAAUGAUGGGAAAUAAAGGUUAUCCUCCUGAUAUCGUUACUUAUAAUUGUUUUCUCAAGGUUCUUUGUGAUAAUAAACAGAGUGAUGAAGCAUUUAGGCUUUAUGGAGGGAUGAUUGAUGCAGGUUGUAUGCCCAGUGUGCAGACAUAUAAUAUGCUGAUAUCCAUGUUUUUUGAGAUAGGUGACCUUGAUGGGGUUUUUAAUACUUGGCAUGAGAUGGACAAGAAGCGGUGCACACGGGAUUCUGAUACUUACUGCGUGAUGAUUGAAGGGCUUUUUAGUUGCAAUAAAGUAGAAGAGGCAUGUUCUCUUUUGGAAGAUGUUGUAAACAAGGGUAUUAAAUUGCCAUAUAGAAAGUUUGACUCCUUUCUAAUGCAACUUUCUGAGAAUGGUGAUCUCCGGUCCAUCCAUAGGCUUUCUGACCAUAUGAGAAAGUUCUACAAUCCUGCCAUGGAAAGGCGUUUUGCAUUGAGCCAGAAACGUAAAAGUAUUCGUUUGAGAGAAAAGUAAUAAGAUAGAGUGGCAUGUGAAAUUCUUUGUUGAUCUAAUUUAACCAUGCCAAUGCUGUUUCUAGGGAACUUGAAUUCAGAAGCAUCAUCAAAUCCCAUCAACUGAGUCACUAUAAUGGAUUUUGGAGAAUAUGGCAUGUAUCCUGUCAAAUUGCCUCCAAUAGCCUUAACCUUGAUGCUAAGUGGUAUCAUGGAGUUACUGUUUUGGUCUGGAGUGUUUAUCUUGAAAGGAUAGCUAUAGGUGUUGUUUUUUCAACUGAUAUAGGAGGUCAUAUUCCAGAGAAGAAGAAAGAGCCAAAUGUGUGUUUCUGCUUUUCAACGUUGCUUCUUUAGUGGAAGCUGAUCUUGAAAAGCUUAAUCUUCAUUGUUAACGAAGAGAAAUCAAUGUUUUUCUGAAACAUGGUUUGGCAAUACACUGGUUUAAUAUGCAGCUGACAGAAAAAAGCACAGUGACUGCAAGUUCCUUUGCAAAUGCUCAUCUAGCACUUUCAUGGGUUCAGGGAUUGAAUUCGAAGAAGGAAAUGGCGAUAGCCAUGCAAACUUCCCAUGUGACGAUCAUGGGGUGCAGUGUGGAAAACUGGAUCACAACUAAAACCACGCCGUUGUCCAUCAAGUUGAUAUCUAGUAUUCAGGCCAAACUAUAGUAGUCAAAUGCUCAUUCUGGAGGGGUGGAAACAUGCAGCUACUGAGAGAUCUCUUGUGAAUUAUUACCUAUGUUUACUACUACCUCCCUGUUACGUUCAUAAUUAAGUAAUCUAUAAGUAUAUAUUGUAUGUCAUCGGAUUUUGUAUUUGGGUUUGUUACCAAGGAACAGCUUAGGUGAUGACCAACGUUGGAUAUGAUUCAAGAUUUGUCUUUAAAAUAAUUUUACUUAAUUUUAGAGAGAAGAUAUUAUCAACUAAUGGUGUGAUACAACAUGCUUUAUAUAUAUUUUAGUUGUUGUUGUUGUUUC